AAUAAUAAUAAAAGAGGUGUACUCGAUCCUCACGCUAUCCCAUAACCGAAAUCAAUAUUUGUAAAAAUGUAGUACCGGAUAGCUCGAUAGAUGGCGUUAGGAUCGAGUUAGAUGGCGAUAUGGUUUCGUUACCGGCAAAACAUUAGGCUACUAGGUUUGACAGCAAUAAAUUUGUCUCGCUCUGAGGUACGUCGUUUCAUUCGAGUAUCCCUGGCUUCAAAGCACCUUGUACUGAUAUUGUACAUGGUCCUUCGAGCCGGAUGGUGUUUUUGGAAGAACACAGUGAAAAAGUAUUAGUUACGCGAUUCGAUACGAGGUGGCGCUGGUUGUCGGUGAAAACUACAAGUUGCGGAUUGUGUGCAGAGAAGAACUUAGAAAAAUCGAGUGAGUCCCGUGAGUAGUGAAGUGCAUUUGUGGACAAUAAACUGUGAGUACAUUCAAGUGUUAUUAAGAUAGUUCAAAGUCAGGAAUUUAAAUAUUUGCAUGGACUUAGUAAAAUAAAGUGUGCAGUCUUGGUCGGGGACUUAGAAUAGUUUCGAUAAAAACGACCAGACGACGAAUCUAUGCCCGAUUUUGCAUAGAUUUUACAAGUGUCAAACACUUAGAAAAAUUUCAAUUCACCGGACUUAGAAUAUUUCUCACUUAUUGGGACUUAGAAAAAUUACGCCACUUCGGACUUAGAAAAUUUCUCUCUUGUUGGAACUUAGUCAAUUUAUCCUUCACUGGACUUAGAAAAAAUCACAUUGGUUGACACUUGCAAUAACACAGUUGGAAGACAACAUGGAAAGGGAAUUGAGAAAGUUGAAGGAUGUCAAAGGACAGAUUGAGAAGGGCUUAAUAAACUUUAAAAAGUCUCCGAAAGACCGGAUGAAUUACAAUUAUGUGGAUACGCGUCUAGAGAUGUUAGAGACUCAAUUCAAGAAUUUUACUGUAAAAUACGAAGGAGUAGUAGGAGAAUGUGAAGGUGAAGAACUCUACGAAUUCUUUCAGGAAGACAUUUAUGAAAAGGUUUACGAAACGUAUUUAACUUAUAAAGUCGAAUUAAAAAAUGCUCUGUCUCAAUUAAAGGUUCACAGUUCCAAUAAAGAAGUUUGCGAUGUUUCAUCUGACACUGUAGUACGAUUGCCAAAAAUAGUUUUACCCACUUUUAGCGGAAAAUAUACAGAGUGGUCAUCGUUCCGAGACUUGUUCCUAUCAUUAGUCCAUAAUAAUAAAAAACUUGACGACGUGCAACGUCUACACUAUUUGAAAACUCAGUUGUCGGGUGAAGCAGAACAGCUUAUAAGACAUGUUCCUAUUACUGAUCUUAACUAUAAGAAAUGUUGGGAAAUGUUAGAACAUAGGUUUAACAAUAAGAAAUUUAUGUCCACAUGUAUUUUAAACCGACUAUUUGGCCAGCGUAAUAUUGGAAAUGAAUCAUCAAAGGCACUUAAAGAUUUGCUUGAUGUUACAAGUGAUUGUUUGCAUGAACUUACCAAUAUUGGAAUAGAUGUUAGUUCGUGGGAUGUGAUUAUUGUUUAUGUCGCAAGCUUGAAGUUGGACGUAGAAUCUAGGAAGCAGUGGGAACUGCAUGUUAGUAAAUCCUCCGAUGAUCUACCUUCAUUUAAACAGUUUUGCGAGUUUUUAGAGACGCGUUUUCGUGCCCUAGAAUGCGUUGAGCCUAAACAUAGGGCAAGAGGCGAUAAUAAUCCUACAUCUCACACUAAAGUAAUGCAUGGUACUACUAAUGUUUCAUGUCCACAUUGUUCCGAGAGCCAUAAGCUCAGCAGUUGUAAGAAGUUUUGUCAACUAGAUAUUGACGGUCGUCGUGCCAUUUCACAGUCUUUAGGUGUCUGUUUUAAUUGUCUGGGAAGUCAUCAUACUUCCAAAUUUUGUCGUGUUCUUUCAAAAUGCCGUAUAUGUCAGAGGAAGCAUCAUACGUUGUUGCAUCCUAAGAACCCUGUUGGAGCUAGUGGUAGUGAGGCUUCUACGUCAGUGGAACCUGUCACCUCACCUGAACGUCCUUCAGAGCCAGUACAUGAUGUUAGUGCAAACAUAGCAACUCAUUUUGUGAAUGGACAAGCGCAGGGUCAAGUCUUGUUAGCCACGGCUUUGGUGAAGGCCGAAUCACAAAAUGGGUCCUCUCAAAUCUUGAGAGCUUUAUUGGAUCAAGGAUCACAAGCAUCCUUCAUAACAGAGGCAGCAGCGCAAUUACUUCGCUUAAAGAGAGUAGUUUCUAAGACUACUAUUGCAGGUAUAGGAGGUGGUCAUGGCAACAUCGUUUCUAAACAUGUAGUGAAUAUUAAUAUACAAUCGUUGCAUGAUCCCUCUUUUACCGUGAAGGUUACUGCGCAUGUACUUAGCUCACUGACCUCAGUUAUGCCAGAUACAUAUUUUGAACUUGAGGAUUGGCCAGAAAUCCACAGUAUAAGUCUAGCAGACCCAAAGUUCAACUGUCCUAAUAAAAUCGACAUUUUAUUAGGAGCUGAAACAUAUGGUCGUAUUUUAAAGGAAGGUCUGAUCAAGAGCCCAGCAGGCUCUCCGGUUGCACAAGACACGCAUUUAGGUUGGAUUGUGUCAGGCCAUGUUAGUAAAGCAAAUAAGUUGCUAAAUUCCCAUAAUACUGUGAUCGCUAUGCACACUCAAAUUGAAGAAAACGAUAUGUUAAAGCGUUUAUGGGAGUUAGACUCUGAAACUACUUUAACGAAAAGGCUUUUUACGCCUGAAGAACAGGCCUGCGAAGAGUUUUAUGCACAAUCCACGGAAAGAGAUGAAAAUGGGCGUUAUGUCGUAAAAUUACCUUUUCGUUCAGAAGAUCCACUUUGUAAAUACGGUCAGUCUAAAAAUAUUGCGGUAAAAAGAUUGCUAGGUUUAGAAAGGAAGUUGGGUAGGGAUCAUGAAUUAAAACAACAGUAUACUGAUGUGAUAAACGAGUAUUUAUUGCUGGGCCAUAUGGAGAAAAUUACCGACGAGGCUGAAAGAAAUAAAAGUGAUGCGGUUUAUUUGCCUCACCACGCAGUGGUUAGACAAGAUAAACUGACUACUAAGGUAAGAGUGGUUUAUGACGCGUCGUGUAAGGGGACAAACGGAGUUUCCUUAAAUGACACCUUAAUGGUAGGACCCACUCUUCAGGCUGAUUUAAGACAUAUUGUCAUGAGAUGGCGACAACAUCCGAUUUGUCUGGUAGCAGACAUAAUAAAAAUGUAUCGCCAAAUUAAAGUCGCUCGAUCGGAUGCAGAUUUCCAAAGAAUUGUCUGGAGAGAGGAUCCUGACAAAGAGAUAGAGGACUUUCGACUUCUGACUGUCACCUUUGGCACAUCGUGCGCCCCUUACUUAGCUGUUAAGUCGUUACAUCAAGUUGCGCGCGAUGAAGGUAGUAUAUAUCCAUUGGCUGCUGAAAGAGUGACAUCAGACUUCUACAUGGAUGAUUUGAUGACUGGAUGCACAUCUGAAACAGAAGUGAAAAGGAUUUAUAGUGAAAUGAAUAGUUUAUUAGAAAAAGGGGGGUUCCAAUUGCAAAAGUGGACAAGCAAUAGAAUGUCCUUGUUGGAAAGCUUAAAAGAAAGUUCUGGAAGAGACUUGGAAAUCAAAACUGAUAAAGUAACUAAGAUUCUGGGCCUUACCUGGAACAGGAACACGGAUGAAUUUGAUUAUUCUGUGAAGAUGUCACCUCCCGCUGCACCUGAAACAAAAAGAACGGUCAUAUCGGAAAUAUCACGACUUUAUGAUCCAUUAGGAUGGAUAGCUCCGUGCAUCAUAACCUCUAAGGUUUUCAUACAGAAGCUAUGGAUUAGUGGCAUAGGUUGGGAUGAUGAACUGCCACCAGAUCUCGCACAAGAGUGGAGAUAUUACAGAACAGAAUUAGAGAAACUGGUGGAUUUUCAUAUUCCCAGAUGGAUAGGCAAGGGGGAGAUGAUAUUACUAUAGAGCUACAUGGUUUUAGCGAUGCAUCAAAUACAGCUUAUGCGGCUGUGGUGUAUUGUCGCAUUGUUAACGCUAGGGCGCAAAUUCACUCGCACCUCAUCACCGCAAAAACGAAGGUAGCUCCUAUCAAGCAGAUAUCCAUUCCACGCUUGGAAUUGUGUGGUUCUGUUCUAGUAGCAAAAUUAUUGAUAGAAGUAGCUGAAGUUAUGAACAUUCCAAAGGCUAAUAUACAUGCGUGGACCGAUUCAUCUGUGGUUUUGGCCUGGUUAAAUGAUCAUCCAAGCCGUUGGAAAACUUACGUAGCCAAUCGCACUUCCGAGAUCCUUAGUUUGCUGGACAACACGCAGUGGGCUUAUGUUAAAUCUAAAGAAAAUCCAGCAGAUAUCGCUUCUCGUGGGGUAUCUCCAGCAGUUUUACUUAAUGAUGAUUUAUGGAAACGAGGACCAGGUUGGUUAAGAAAUGAUCAGAUAGAGUACACCAGACCUAGCGCAAUACGCACAAACGAGGAGAAAAACCCUGUUAAGGUUCACACUACCAACCUGGUACCGGAUUUUGAAGUCGUUUGGGGAACUAGGUAUUCAUCACUUACACGUCUAGUAAGGGUUGUUGCGUACUGUAAAAGGUUUUUGCAGUCAACAAGAGCUCGUAAGGAGAACAGUAAAGUAGCAGCUUACCUGUCAGCUUCCGAAAUUCGCGAAGCUUUUGAAUGUGUGUAUCCGGCAAAGCCAACAGCAAUGGUUUCAGGCAGAAUUGAUGGCCCUGAAAAAUAAAGUUUCAUUAGAAAAAACGAGUCCUUUAUAUAAAUUAAAUGUAU